CAUCUCAUCUUCAAUUUCAUGCUUUCUCAUUUUUUCUCUCCUAUAUAUCACCCAACUCUCUCCCAUUUUAAAAGAAACUCUCUCUCUUCCUAUAUGCAAAAUAACACACUCAAUAACAAAAAUUUGUACAACCAAAAAUGGGAAAUUGUUUGAACCACCAAUCAUCAACCAAAUACGCCACAGACGACGAAGAUGACUUCGAUUUUUCGGACUCGAAAGGCGAGUUUUCGGACAAAAGAAAUUGUCCUAAUGUAAAAACAACAACGGAGGUGAAGAUCAAGAUUACCAAGAAGCAACUACAAGAGUUGUUAAGUAAAGUGGACAUAAGGGAAUUAAAGGUGGAUCAAGUUUUGGCCCAUUUGAUGAACAAUAGUGGCGGCUACGAAUCACUUCAAAGAUCUUGGAGACCUGCACUUCAGAGCAUCCCCGAAGUAAAUUGAAAGUGUAUUAAAAAUUGUGUAUUUGAUUUUUAUUUUUUUUUUAGAUUAGUUUAGGGAUAUGAAUUUGAUGAAGGAGUUAGGAGAGUAUUGACCUAUUUGGUUGAUGCUUCAUGAUGGGGGAAUUUGAGAUUUUAUUAAGCUUUGGAAAUUAAAGGUCAUUACAUCUUUGUUUUCUUUGUACAUACAAAAACCAAUGAAUUCCACUAGUCACACAUUUACAUAUUUAUAGAUCUCAUUUGUCCCAUCUAA